GCUAUUGUAGAGGAAGUUGAGAGCACUGAUGAUGAAACUCAAGUGCGCCGGCGUAUGUUUGAUAGAUCAUAUACCGGCCAUCAAUAUGUUCUUGACGUCCUAUCUGGUCAUCCAGGGCGAGCUUACCAGUGCUUCAGAUUACCACCAGAUGCUUUCAUAAGCUUAAGAGACUUGCUUGUUAGCCGUGGUCACCUAUCUGAUACAAAGAAUAUGCUAGCGGCGGAACAACUUGGCAUUUUCUUACGUGGUGUUGCCCAUGCACACAGUUACCGACAAUUAUGUGAAUUUUUUCAACAUUCAUUAGAAACAGUUAGCAGGUACUUCAAUCAGGUUCUGAAGGCAAUUGUGUCUUUGUCGGAUGAAUUUAUAAGUAUACCUUCAGCUGAUGUUGAUUGUCAUCCAUUUAUACGUGCCAAUGAACAAUUUCACCCAUUCUUCAAAAAUGCGGUUGGAGCGAUAGAUGGUACACAUAUUCCAGCUGUCGUAAGUACUCAAUUACAAAAUCGAUAUCGUAAUCGAAAGGGAUUUACAUCACAGAAUGUAAUGGCUGCGGUGUCGUUUGAUCGACAGUUCGUAUAUGUAGCUUCUGGGUGGGAGGGAUCUGCUGCUGACAUGUGUGUUCUUAGAUGGGCAGUAGAACAAGGGCAGUUUGAAGUACCCCGCAACAAAUAUUUUUUGGUUGAUUCUGGUUAUGCAAAUACUGAUAGACUAAUUGCCCCAUUUCAUGGAUAUCGAUAUCAUUUAGCAGAUUAUCGUGGAAGAACGACAAGGCGAUACGCUGCCGAGCAAGAGUUAUUCAAUCACCGUCAUGCACAGCUACGCAAUGUGGUAGAACGAACUUUUGGGAUUUGGAAGGAACGGUUUCAAGUUUUGACGCACAUGCGACAGUUCCCUAUUAGUGUUCAAGCAGAUAUUGUCAUUGCUUGUGCGGUCCUGCAUAACUUCAUUGGUCGAUACCACGGACAUGAUCUAUAUUUCAAUAUGUCACAAACAGAAAUGCAACAUGUUGCAUAA